CAGACUAGCUAAAGUAUUAUGUCCUCAAAUUCAUUCAUGUCGCCAUAACGCAACAGUGUAUCACAAUGUGUUUGAGAAGAUAACUGGACGCUCGGACGGGAAACACAAGGCGGGGGAGUCGACAGUGAAACGAAGCCUGUUAAAUACAGUAAUAUAGAGUCACAUACGUUGGGUUACUCUACUUAUUUAUUAGCCUACCUUAGCUUUUUUUUUUUUUAUCAGCCUUUUAAAUGGCUCCGCUUGACCAGCUAAGCCUAUUUUAGACUAGGGGAAGGGCGUGUAACGCUAACGGAUACCGGGGCCAGUUUGUAGUUUUGCACCAGGUCUUGUCUAUCUGCGUUACCGCCCCGUUUUCUCUCUCUCUUGUAGUAACGUUAAGAGCAAGGGGAAGGCUAGAGAUAAUUUUAAAAAAGUGUUUUGCGAGGAAUACCGCAACAACCUUCUUUCACCAUGGGGAAUACGACCUCUUGCUGCGUGUCGUCGAGCCCCAAACACCGGAGGAACAACCACUCCAGGCUGGAGCCCUAUCGGCCAGAGCCUGAGCUGAGCCGGGAGGACACGGGCUGCAACCUCCAGCACAUCAGCGACAGAGAAAAUAUAGACGAUCUGCCCAUGGAGUACAAUCCCUCGGAUCAUCCCCGGGCCAGCACCAUCUUCCUCAGCAAGUCACAGACAGACGUCCGAGAAAAAAGGAAGAGCCUUUACAUCAACCAUUUCACACACAUUUCGGAGAACAAGCAUCAUCUGGGCCCAGUGAGACGGAAAUACAGCUCAUGCUCCACUAUAUUCCUCGAUGACAGCACUGUCAGUCAGCCCAACCUCAAAUACACCAUCAAAUGUGUAUCGCUCGCAAUAUACUACCACAUAAAGAACAGAGAGGUCGACGGAAGAAUGUUGUUAGACAUUUUCGACGAGAAGCUGCAUCCGCUCUCGAAGUCUGAGAUUCCUCCUGAUUAUGACAAACACGAUCCUGAGCAGAAGCAGAUCUAUCGCUUCGUCAGGACACUGUUCAGCGCCGCGCAGCUCACUGCUGAAUGUGCCAUUGUCACAUUGGUGUAUUUGGAGAGGCUCCUGACCUACGCCGAGAUCGACAUUUGCCCCGCCAACUGGAAGCGUAUCGUAUUGGGAGCAAUCCUCCUGGCAUCCAAGGUCUGGGACGACCAGGCGGUCUGGAACGUCGACUACUGCCAAAUUCUCAAGGAUAUCACUGUGGAGGACAUGAAUGAGCUGGAGCGUCAGUUUCUGGAGCUGCUGCAGUUCAACAUCAACGUGCCGUCCAGCGUCUACGCCAAGUACUACUUUGACCUGCGCUCCAUGGCUGAGGCCAACAACCUCAGCUUCCCUCUGGAACCCCUCAGCAGGGAUAAAGCCCAGAAACUAGAGGCUAUCUCACGGUUGUGUGAAGACAAAUACAAGGACUUGAGGAAACUAGCCAAGAAGCGGUCAGUGAGUGCAGACAACCUGACGGUGGUGCGGUGGUGUCCAGCCAUCAUUUCCUAACACUGGCCGCCGGCAGUAGAUAGACCUGUCAGACGUACUGCAUUUCUGCCUGUUAAGCAGGCAGACCAGGUGGGCAGCAGUCCUGUGGAUCAGUGGGUCUGUCUGCCUGAUAAAACAGGAAAAACACACACAAUCUGGCACUUUUUCAAGUGUGAUCGCCCCCUCGUUGGUUGUUGUACAUAAAAGAGGUCCCACUGGCUACCUGCACUGAACCAAACAGAGCUGAGCUGAACCAAACUGAGGUGUGUGUGAGUGAAAGAUGUUGGAAUGAAGACUGCGGAAGAGAAGAAGACGCCAAAUGGAUAUACAGCGGGCCGUAUGAAAGCCUGCUUCAUAUUAAGGAAAGAAAAUAGGAACAAGCUUAAUAAACGUAAAGGAACACACACGACAGCGGUAGCAGCAUUAUGAUAUCCCCUCUGAGGCUCAACUGGCUUGAAUGGUUGACUGAGGGAGGCCGUGUACAUUCCUUUAAUUUUAAUCUUCUGGCUCAGUGAGUUUCUUAGCGGAAACAUGAGCUGAUUUUUUUUUUUUUUGACAGCUUACAGGCACAUUGAACAUUUUCAAUGCUCAAUUCCUCAAUUUGUUUCAGUGUUUUUGUUGAUGUUUCUUUUUUCUGUUCAUGUGCAUUCCCAUCCAGCAGAAACCUCUGCUAGCAGAUCCAAGCAAACGCAAAGAAAAAUACAUGUACAUUCCACUGUUGGCCUGAGUGUACAGUUGACACAUUAGACUGCAUAUUAUAAGCUCUCCCUGAUAAAAUAUUCAUUUACAUUACAGCCAUUUAACUGAAGUUUUCAUUCAGAGAACCAACAAUGAAGCAAGUCAGUGUUUGAGUGUGUUAGACUGCAGGGCGCUUUGACAGGACCUGGGAAUUCACUCUGUCUCCAUUCAGAUUCAGCCGUUCACUUAAAGCAAUAUUCAUGCACUGCUUCCUUGUUGCUAUCAGAUACAAUGAAGCCUGCAUACUUGGGAAAAAAGACUGAGUGGAAGAUGAGGGUCCACCACUCUCAGUCAGACGUGAGACAUACUGUAGAGCUUAUGUUGUACUUUAUUCACUGCCAUUGUCCUGACCUGUGGUGCCUGUAAUAAGCUAGUUUAACACUUCUUCUCCCCCUCUCUUCAGGAGGAAUAGAACAAAUGACUGAAGUAUUUUUUCCACAACGUUUUGUAUGGUUCUUCCAGCUUACAAAGAAACAGCACAAAUGGAAUAUCAACAUUUACAAGCCACUAAAAAAGUAUGAUUCUUCAGGGUUGUUUUUUUUUUUUGUUGUUGUUGUUGUUCUGGAGAGGACCUAAAUGAAUGGAAAAAGCAUUAUGUGAUGAUUCAAAACACUGCUUAUAAAAAGAUAGAUUGUAUACAUUUUGCUAAAUUGUCUCUGUAUAGUGUAAAUACAGUGCCAGUGUGCAAAAUCUGUAGACUGAGGUCGUACUGUAAAAAAAAAACAAACAUAAAAACAAACUAACAAAAAAAAUAAAGAAACAGAAUGAUGUUAGGAUAUUUAUAUCAGAUCAGUUUUUACUGUACAUGCAGGAAGGUUAAUAUGUUUGAUUCCUUCUUCCUAUGACAAAUCAUUUCAAGAAAGGUGAAGUAUUAAGAUUUCAAUGGGAGACGCCACUUAAGAUUUCUUGUGUCUUCUCUUGUUACAAUGUUUUCGCACUGCAGGAAAUGCCAAGUUUUUAUGUGUUACAUACUGUAUAUGAUAUAAAAACAGUACAAGACAAUUCAGGCUUAUUGUAUUUGUUUUAGAAUUUUUUAAAAGAUUUCUAACCCCACUCUGAGGAAACAUUGACUGAUUCAUACGUUUUUGAUGUACAGUAAGCGAGGAGGCUUAUUUACUAUGGAGUCCCGAAACUGACAAAAUUCAUUAAAAGGUUAUCAGGCAAGAAAAUGAACGGGAUCCAUCAUUAAUGGUAUAGUUGGUUAAAUAAUUAUAAUGCAGUAUAAAAAGAAAUGUCAAACUUUAACUUUAACCUCAAAUCAUUUGUUAAUAAAUUAAAACUUAUUUUACAUUUUUGUCAUUUUAUUUUUCAACUCCCUUCUUUUUCUACAGCACACAUUUGAGUCAUUUAUCUAUUCACUAUGUUCCCCUCACUCCUUUUCAUUACCACCAAUUUUUACCAUUUCCACUUUAGUGUUUAUACAGUGAUGCUACAGCAGUAUGCAGGUCACUUCAUGGAUCAUUAACAUUAUAGUGGCUGGUAGUGGUUUUUAGACAAGUCCAAGCUAGCCACAGAAUCAGCCACACAUUGCUCUAGCAUGAUGUAACACACAAUACCCUGAACCAAUGACUGCUCUGGACAUCAAGGGAGUUCAAAAAUGAAACAAACUAAUGUAAGACGAAAGAGAAAAAUCUAACAAUUCAGUUAGUUGUCAGUUUUGGGCUUAAUAGCUUCUGGCAUUUACAGGAAACAAGUGAAACUAUCAAACUCUUUUUUUCUCAACAUUUAAGGCAAGCAGUCAGAAAUCUACAGGGAUGCAGUAAUCUGUAUUCCCUUGAAAUAAUUGAGUUUAAUUAAUUCUAGUUUUUACACUUUAAUGGGAGGAUUAAAGCAAAUUGAUGCUUUUAAUACAUAGACCUUAUAAUAUUGCUUGUAUGACUUAUGAUCAUCAAUUCACUUUAAUAAUAAACUGAACACUCACUUAAAACAUGACAUCUGGGAAUCUGAAGUUUUCUUCAUAAAAACAACUUUCAUAAAGAGAUUUAAUUUCCAAUGUGAGAUCAAGUGAUCCUCCACCACCACAAUGUACUCCAGAUUCAGGCUUAUUUUGUUCAUUUUAGUGGCGACUUCCACAUCUGUGUUUUAAUUUAUGUUGUCAGGCUACGAGAGAACCGGAGUCAGAUCAGUGAUAUUUGUCACUCUGACAAGUAGGUGUAAAGGAAGGACAGAAGCGUACCAAAGUCAUGGAGAAAUGAAGGACCAUCCUGCUGGACGUGCUGCUCUGACCCAGCACGCUUGCACAUGAAGUACAUGAAAAAGGUUGUCUGGAUUCAGAAAGUAAACUGUUUCUCUGGUGCUUUCAAUGAGUGGAAAGUAAAAGUGUCUUUUUAGGAAAAGUAAUGUUACUGGAGUUGCUGUUGUAAGUUCAAACUAUUAGAGGUUAUUCAAAAGAUUGUAUAUCCUAUUUAUUGUAUGUGUGUGUGCAUACAGCCCAGUCUGGUGUUCUCUAGACCCAGAAGUAAGCGUUUUAAUGCCAUGUGGUCAACUAUGGUGAGUCCUGAGGUGGAAAAUGUACCCCGACAGCCAAGCCGUUUGGCCUGUGGCGUCCUGUCGGCUGGUGACAGUAGGUGUGUGUGUCAUAGCCUUGUGCACUGAACUCUACCUCUGCAUAGAGUUACCUUUCUCUCCAUUUUUCUCCCUCUAUUCGACUGCAAUUUCUUGGAUUCAGCUUUGGUCAUGACGAUUUCCCGUGCUAACGUCAGUCAUUGCUGUAGCUGUGACCUUUUUUUUCAGUUUUUGUUUUUCAUUGAUUGCCAUUUUCAACAAAUUGUACUGUAUUCUAUUGUUAUUGUCACUGUCAGUGUAUUAUUCCUUUUCAGUGAGUCACACCGUUCCUGUUCUCAGUUUGCCAAACUCAGAUCUCUCUUUCUCUUUGUUCUCUCUGUAUGUUCUCAACUAUGAUUUUAAAAGAAACUGCUCCCAGUUCUUCUCUUCUGAAGCAAUGUUUAGAAAAACCUGUGCGAGAAUUAAACUUUAAA